AUGGACUUCUCAGUGAUUGCUAUUGGAGAUGUACAAAAUGUGCUUUCAGCUAUGCAGAAGAACUUGGAGUGCCCAAUAUGCUUGGAUGUGGUAGAAGAGCCAGUUUCAACAAAAUGUGAUCACGUAUUCUGCAGGUUCUGCAUGUUCAAACUCCUCAGCAAAAAGAAAAAAGGUGUGAUACAGUGUCCUCUGUGUAAGACUGAAGUUACCAAGAGAAGUCUGAAAGAAAAUUCCAGAUUUAAGCAACUAGUUGAAGGAUUGUUGGAAAUUAUCCAUGCGUUUGAGCUUGACACUGGACUAAAGUUUUUAAACAGUCAUCGCUUUCCUAAAACAUCUGCAGAAGCUGCUGCUGCUGAGUUCCUGUGCAAAGAAAGUUCUGUCAUCCAAAGUAAGGGUUUCAGAAACAGGAGAAAAAGUGCUAAAGAAAAUGGACAAGAAAACUACACCUUGCAGGAAGCUAGUGUGGAUACACAGCUUACAGAUACCAGCGUCAAAAGGUGUCCCCUAAGAAACAAAACCCAGAAGUGUGACUUGGAAAAAGGGAUUUAUAUAGAGUUCGGCUCUGAUUCAUCUGAAGAGGUUUUUAAACAGGCAAGCAAUACUGGGUUAGAAGACAAAGAAGUUCUUCAGAUUUCAUCUCAAGAAAAGCUAGAAGAACUUAAGAGUGCUGAGAAGGGGAAUGAAUAUUCUUGCAAUACACAUCCUGACAAGCUGGGUGCUAAAGAAAUAAUUUUACCAAGUGUUGUAGGUGAAAGUGAUUUCUCGAAGGAAGACUUGAGCAAGAAAAGCACUCGGAGCAUCACCUCAUGUGCCAAACCUGGGCAAGUGAAUAUGGCUGAAUACCAGAAUUCUCCUUUAAAUGUUCUUACUGUAGACCUACUCACAGAGCAGUGUGACAGACUAGGUAAUGCCAGCCCCUUAAGGAAUGAGGACACAUCUUUCUUUAAGAACACAGAAGAAAUGAAUGCAGAACAAGCUUGGUGCAAUAGUAAAAGCAAAAAAUUUGACUUAAAAGAUAGUUCAGAGAGCAGGUUGGAUAAAAGCAGGGAUAUAGAUAUUGUUGUACAAAGUGUGGAAGCUAUGGAAAUGUAUGAAUCUCAGAGUGAUUCUUUCCAAGAAAAAGUACUUCCUCUGGAGAAAAUACUUCAGCCAGAGACACUUAACUGUGAUACCCUGAAUCAAGUUUCUAGGAAGAGACUGAAGCGAAGUGUUCAGAAAGUCAAUGAAUGGUUUUCAAAAAGCAAUGAGAUUCUGUCUUCCAGUUGUUCCCAGGAUGAUUCUGUUGGAGCACCUGAUGUUUUGAGUGAAGGAGAUAAGUAUUUAUCAGACAAAGAUUCCUGUAUUUCAGAAAACACUGACCCUAUGGUAGAUUCAAUGGAAAUUGCAUUGGUUCAAGGAAACAAGAGAUGGUCAAAACAAACAGCAGAUACCAUCAAAGACAAAAUAUUUGGGAAAACAUACAAAAGAGAGAGGAAGUCAAAUCCCCCUGUUAUCUUGAGAGAGAUUUUACCUGCUACAAAAAAGGAAGAUGUGUCUGCUAAUGAGAAUUUGUUGAGUAAUUCCAACAAAGACAGACUAAAACGAAAAAGGAAGACUGCCUAUGUCCUGCAACCUGAGGAUUUCAUCAAGAAAAAAGAUACAGAAGAUGCAGAUGGGUACCCUCAAAGUGUUAAUUGGUGCUUUAGAGAUGCUGAGAAGGAAAGAUGUGAUGAAAGUUCUGUUGUUAAUAAGAGUCACCCCUCUGAGAACAGAGAGGAUAAUACACUAGUAGAACUUGAGGAAGGAGGAGGAUCCACGUGUAAAAAAGCUGCUGAAAAGGUGACUGGCAAGGACUGUGAUGGGGAGAUAGAACUGAGUAACUGUGAUCAGAAAAGCACUAAAAAAAGAAGUUUUGCAGCGAAAAGAUGCAGGCGUUCUACUAGAACCAUGUGUUCUCUACAGUUAGUGGAUAGAACCUCUGUUUCCCCUGAUCCAGCUGAGCCACAGAUUGAUAGCUAUCCAAGCAGUGAAGAACCAAGGAAAGUUGAUUCUGAGCAAAGACAAGUCAGGCGCAGCAGGAGACUUCAGUUACUUUCUGAAGAUAGGACAAAACAAACAGGAAAAGUAAUAAAGGGAGCAAGAAAGGGUGACAGUGAUUGUGGAGGGUCUUUCUUUGGAGUCCAAAGGAGUGUGUUAGUUCAAACUUCUGAGUGCAAAGACCUUUGUGAGCCCUGGGGUAUGUUGAGUCACAAGCCACUCACUGAUCUGAAGGGUGGUGAUCUGGACGCAAAUGAAAUACAGAUUAGUCUGAAGAAUUCAUCUGACACUGUAGAAACCAAAAAAAGUCUUUUCAAUCCUCCAUCUUCAUAUCAGCAUUCAAAUUGUAGCUCCUCUGUACCUGAUGCAGGUUCUCAGGAAAUACUAGGUAGCCCUUACCUCCUACACUCUCCUUCAAUGACUCCAGGGGACUUCAGAACUGAAAAGUUGCCAAUGGCUAAAAGUGUUGUGGAAUUGACCAAGGAAUCUGAAGAUAGUGAGUUAGACACACAGUAUCUGCGAAAUAUAUUUAGGCAUUCAAAACGACUGUCAUUUACCCUUUAUUCUGCUCCCAUGAAGGCACGUGCAGAAGAUGCUGCUUCUGAAACUUUAAAGAAGCUAUGUGCUGAUCAGGUAGAAAAUAAGCAUAGCAAAUACUUAAAAACAGAAACAUUGCAAGAAGAGAAAACAACUGCUGAAAGCUCCAGUAGGGUUUGGGAGAAAGAGAAGCUUAAGACCUGUGAAUCUGCUUGUGUUAGUGCUGUGACUUGCUUUGUUGGCAACACUGAAUGUAUGCACACAGGGGAACAUCAAGAAGAUGUUUCACAGGUUGCAAAUCAAGGGAAUCUGACACUGAGAAGAAUGGGUACUGCUGGGACUGAAGACAAGAACAGAUCGCAAAAAGGAGAGCAGGGAAAUGAAAAGACAGUGUCAUCUGACGUAGAGAUAGAAAGGGAGUUGAGACAGAAUCCAAUCAAAAGUAAUAGAAGCCAAAGUGAUCAGAGUAAUACAGAAGACCACAUCUUCCAAAGAACCGAUUUAAACACAGUUGAUGAAAUACGCUUCAGUUCAGAAAGCAAUCAAGGAGGAAAGGCCAAAGUUGUUGAUGGCAAAGGACCAAUACUACAUUUUCAGUCCAGAUCAAUGAUUUGUCCUGCAACUUGUCAGCAAAGGCCUGCUGAAUUCAGCUGUGAAGUCACUGAAAAAAAAUGUAGCGAAAGAGAAAGAAAACAAUUAAAGGGGAAUGAAGAACAAGCAACCCAAACUGCUAGCACAGGGGUGCCCCAGUGUUUAGUUACAGAGGGUCUUGAAGAACCUUGUAAAGGGAAUCGUGAUUUUACAGGUUUGUCUGAAACUCCUGAUGGCUUACUCUGCUCUGAUAUUGAAGAGAACACCAGCUUUUCUGAAACUGAUAGGAAAGAGAGAUCUGCUGUGUUUGUAAAAAGAAGUGACAAUGCCCUGGCAAAAGAAUUGCACAACAGAAAUGUUAUUUCUAAGCCAAGAUCUCGAAGAAAAGCACGGAAACUGCAAUCUUCAGAUGAAGAACCUAGUGAGGAUGAAGAUUUGCCAUGUUUGCAGACAUUAAUAUUUGGCAAAUCAGUAAGCACACCUUUGCAGAUCAAUAAACAAGUGACAGCUGUGGUAGAGUCUUCAGUAAGUCCCAUCACAUUGCCUCACAGUGGAAGUCAUGAUGACAGUAAUGUACAGCAAAUCCCUGAAGCUGCCAUGAGUAAUGGGUGUGGUUCACCAAGCCAGGAGUCGGAAUGCUCCAUCAACUUAUUUUCUUCCCAGUCCAAUGUGUCUGAAGAAUCAGUUGAUAGACCACAAGAGCUGAAGAAACCUUUAAUGCAAGUUCAUACAUCCAAACAAGUGAGCGAUGUGAAUGAGAGUAAAGAAACUCUUCAAAGUUUUGAUGGAGGGCUGAAGAGAAGCAGAACUGACUUCAAAGGUGAAUGCCAAGAAGACCCAAACAUGGAAGCAAACCUAGGUGAAGCAUCUGGAUAUGACAGCGAAACAAGUAAUGUAGAAGAUUCGUGUGAACCAUUCUCUCAGGGUGAAAUCCUUACUACGCAGCAGAAGAAUGCUAUGCAAAAUAACCUAAAAAAACUUCAGCAAGAAAUGGCUGUACUUGAAGCAGUGCUAAAGCAGCAUGAAGGUCAGGACUGUGAAUUUUUACCUAUCCAAAGGGAACUGCUACAUUCGAGAAGUGAAGGAACACUUGGAAUGGAACAAAUGAGAAAAGAAAGAGAAUAUGGAUUUCUGAUUCACAAAAACCUAAAUGGAUUAGAGUUAUUGGUGGUUUGGUCUCCAGAACUGUUGCUUCCAUCUUCUAAAUCUCAUUUGUUAAUGAGAACAGAUUUGGAGAAAGGCCUGCAGUGUGACACUGUUCUGAAGAACAAAGGUCCUUCUGAAAAGACAAAACCUGUGCAGGAAGCAGUGCAAGAAUGUAGUCAGCGUCAGCUUGAAGCAGAAAAUGCAGAUGAGCAGAAGUCUGGGACCACGCUAAAUAGUGCAUCUGUCUUAUCAAAUCUCUCUGGAAAUGUGACCACAAGUCCAAAUAGCUCUUCCUCCUCUGUAAGGCUUCUUAACUCUCACACUGCAGAAGCAACAAAUAGUUCUGUUGUAGCUCAGAAUGCUAAUAAAAGCUGUGCUCGAGAAUGUAAAUCGAAGAGAAGUCUGUGUUUUCCAAUACCUGUUCUGCACAAUGCAGCUGGGAAAGAAAAUGCUACAAGUCCAGUUGUGACUAACAGGAAAGAACUGUCAAUUGUGGCAUCAGGUCUGAAUCAAAGUGAACAUCUGGUGGUCCAGAAGUUUGCAAGAAAAACUCAGAGCACUUUAUCUAAUCACAUUACUGAAGGAACAACCCAUGUCAUAAUGAAAACAGAUAAGGAGCUGGUGUGUGAACGGACACUGAAGUACUUUCUGGGUAUCGCAGGAAAAAAAUGGGUAGUUAGUUAUCAGUGGGUAAUUCAGUCUUUAAAAGAAGAAAGGAUACUGGAUGAGGAGAACUUUGAAGUUAGAGGAGAUGUAAUCAAUGGGAGAAACCACCAAGGUCCUAAGAGGGCUAGAAAGUCUCUUACUGAAAAGAUCUUUAAAGACUUUGAAAUCUGUUGUUAUGGACCUUUCACUGAUAUGACUACAGAACAUCUAGAAUGGAUGGUGGAGCUUUGUGGUGCCUCUGUAGUGAAGCAACUUGAUCAGUUCACACACAAAACAAAUUCUACUGCUGUUGUGGUUGUGCAGCCAGAUGCAUGGAUGGAAGACAUGGAUUAUAGAGCAAUCCAGCAAAAGAACAAUGUUGCCAUGGUGACUCGAGAAUGGGUAUUAGACAGUGUUGCUUGCUAUGAAUGCCAGGAGUUCAGUGCUUACCUUGUGUCCUAA